AUGGUCGAAAAGGACCCUGGCGCUAGCCUUGGAGAAUACCCAUUGAGCCGGUCAGCCCACACUCUCCCCUAUGACGUUGUGAUUAGCGAACUAGGCACCAAAUUCGAAGAGGGCUUGAGCUCUGAGGAGGCCAAACAACGUCUUCACAAAUAUGGCCCCAACAAGUUGGAAGAAGGUGAAGGAGUCUCCGUGAUCAAAAUUCUUAUCCGCCAGGUGGCCAACGCAAUGAUGCUAGUCUUAAUACUAGCCAUGGCCGUUAGUUUCGGUAUCAAAUCGUGGAUUGAGGGCGGAUUUAUCACCGCUGUUAUCGUUUUGAAUAUUAUCGUGGGUUUCUUCCAGGAGUAUGCCGCCGAAAAAACAAUGGAAUCAUUACAUUCAUUGAGCUCGCCUACCGGUACAGUGUCUAGGGACGGCCAGACCUUCGCGGUUCCUUCAGUGGAGAUCGUUCCUGGUGAUAUGGUUGAAUUGCGAACAGGCGAUACAGUUCCAGCAGACAUCAGAUUAGUCGAAGCUGUGAACUUCGAGACAGACGAGGCCCUGCUCACGGGAGAGUCCCUUCCAGUCCAGAAGGAAUAUGAUUCUACAUUUAAGGAGGAUACUGGCCCUGGAGACCGUCUGAACAUCGCUUAUAGCUCUAGCACCGUCACUCGCGGUCGCGCGCGUGGUGUAGUUUUCAGUACCGGUUUAACUGGAAUCGCGACCGAUGGACUAAAGGCAGAGGUGCUGUGUGGCACCAAAAGGCAGAGUUUCCUUUUGAUUCUACCGUCAAAAAGAUGUCUGUCAUCUUUUCUAAGGUCACCCCGCAAGGAGAACACCUGA